CUUCAACACUCUUCAAUUUUUCUUCAAUGAGUUAUCUAUUAGUUGGGUAUAAUCAGUUAUCCGGAGAUCUUCCAUGGGAUAUGUGCAAGAAUUCCAUUAAUCUAGAAUAUUUUUAUCGCGAUACAAACAACUUCCAAGGCCAAAUUCCAGCUUGUCUCAUUAUUGCUCAGAGAUGAAGUUAAUGAAUUUGGAAUUCAAUGAUUUUAAGGGUUCCAUACCUGCAAAUAUUGGCAACCUUUCAAAACUAGAGCACUUGCACCUUGGUGGAAUCCAUUUAACUGGUGCGCUGCCUUUAACGCUCUGCAAUCUAUCUUUGCUAAGGGAUCUCACAGUUGAGUCUAAUCAGUUAUCCGGCGGUCUACCAAAGGAUUUGUGCAAGAAUGCCAUGAAUCUUGAACGUGUGGAUCUCGUUCUCAAUUUCCUUACUGGACCAAUCCCUUCUCGUAUUUCACAAUGUAGUGCACUCCAAUACAUUAGGUUGUGGUCUAAUAACUUCUCAGGAGGGAUACCAGCUGGGUUGGGAAACAUGUCCGCGCUUCAAUUUAUGUAUCUCCAUAACAAUAGCCUGACUGGAGAAAUUCCAUCCGAUUUAGGGCAGUUGACAAAGAUUGAACUACUAUAUCUCCAAUCAAACAAGCUAACUGGCGUAAUUCCUCCAUCUCUGUUCAACAUAACAACAUUGUACAUAUAAUGUGCAUAUUGUGAAUAUUGUAUAGUCUAGAUUAGUUGUACAGUCUAGAUUAGUUAUCUGAUCGUUGGGGUUGUUUUGUAAAUAUUACAAGUAGCAUGGUUGUUUUGUAAAUAGUAUGGAUAGUUAGAUUAGUUAGCCGACUUAGUCUUGGUUGUAUUUAAUACGUACAAUUUAUGUCUAUACAGUCUAGAAG